AUUACUAACUAGAAAGAUCUAUCUCCUCUAUACUUCAACUCAAUUGCAGUUACCCUCAAGUUUAGUGUUUCUUGCAAAUAAGGUAGCUCCUAUAAAUCAACAAAACUUGAAUCAAAGAAAAAGUUUGUCUCUCCAUGCAAAAGGACAAAGAAGUUGUUAGUAAAGAAAGGAAGGAUAUGGAAAUGGAAGGAAAUCGUGAGAAAGAGGAAACCCUACCUCCUGGAUUUCGAUUUCAUCCUACCGAUGAAGAACUCAUCACUUACUAUCUUGUAAACAAGAUUUCAGAUUCUGUAAAUUUUACAUGCAAAGCAAUAGGUGAUGUAGAUCUCAACAAAUGCGAGCCAUGGGAGCUUCCAGGGAAGGCCAAGAUGGGUACAAAAGAAUGGUACUUCUUCAGUCUAAGAGAUCGUAAAUAUCCAACAGGUGUGAGAACUAAUAGAGCAACAAACACUGGAUAUUGGAAAACCACAGGGAAAGACAAGGAGAUUUUCAACAGUGUUACAUCAGAAUUAGUUGGUAUGAAGAAGACUUUGGUUUUUUACAAAGGUCGGGCUCCUAGAGGAGAGAAAACCAACUGGGUUAUGCAUGAAUACCGUAUCCAUUCCAAAUCCAGUAUUAGAACCAACAAGCAGGAUGAAUGGGUGGUAAGCAGAGUAUUCCGCAAGAGUGCAGGUGCAAAGAAGUACCCUUCUUCUUCUUCAAAUCUUACAAGAGCAGUCAUGAACCCUUACAAUAUUAAUCUAGAAGUUGGUCCUCCUAGCUUUAACAAUAAUAUGACACCACCAACAAUGAUGCAGCAUUUAGGGCUAGAUUCUGCUACUCAUUUCCAGCUCUAUGGAAGGAACUACAUCAACACUGGAGAAGUUCUAAGAGCUGGUGUACCAAUGCAUCAAUAUGGAUCCCAUUUAUCAUCAUCACCCUUAGGAGGAGAAGGAUUCACCAUUUCAGGGCUUAAUUUGAAUCUUGGAGGUUCCACAUCAUCACAAACUAUUUUGAGGCCAAUGCCAUCAACUACUCAUACUAUGGCUGCUGAUUUCAACUCCAACAUGAUGACAGGUGCAAAUAGUAAUACCCUUGUUGCUGCAGAGAAUAAUAAUAACUUAGGGUUUGGUGGUGGAGAUCAAGUGAAUAAUGCAAACCCUAAUCAUGGCAAUAGGUACAAUAUGCAGGGUACUAUGGACCAUUGUGUGGAUCUUGAUCAUUACUGGCCACCUUCUUACUGAUCACUCCUUCAUUUAGUUUAUUUGCUAUAAUAAAUUAAUAUAUGGUAUAAGGAGACUAUAUAUAUAAAUGUUGGAUAAGUUAUGUUUUUUUCAA